AUGGCAGCAGCACAGGGUCCUGUGACCUGUGAGCCCGACACCCGUGUCCUCGGCACCUACCUCUCCUCGGAGCCCGUCGGCGUCGUUGGCAGCAUGGGCAGCGUGGGCAGCCUGGUGGAGAAGCAGGAUCUGUCCCCCCUGGAGCUGCGGGCCCCGCUGGGCGGCUCACGGGGGCUCCGGCAGCCCGACGGGUUGCUGCGGAAGGGGCCGAGCCAGCGGGAGCUCUUUGGGUACCUGCACGGGGCCAAGAAGGAGACGCGGGCGGAGCGAAAGCACCAGACAUCGGGCGCCUGCUACAAGCGGGACUACGAGAGUGACCGUGAGAACCGAUCCCCUGAGCGCUGCUCCCGUGAGCAUCACCGUGGAGCCGACUUCUCCAAGAGCUCCCUGCCGGAGCGGGGCCGCUUCGAUAAGUGCCGUAUCAGGCCCUCGGCCUUCAAGGCAGUGGCUGGGAAGGGGCUGGUCUCCAUGCAGGGCCUGUCCUCUUCCAAGGGGCAGAAAUUGUCCAAGAGCAAUGGGAGCCUGCACACGCUGCUGUCGCAGAGCAGCACAGCAGCCCCGCAGCACGGCCCGCUCCGCACCCACCUGCUCCACGCCAUCAGCCUGGACGAGGCCUCUGACUCCAGCCACAACUCCAUCCAGAGCUUCCCGUCCUACGGCUCCCGCCUCAAGCCUGCCCAGAGCCAGUUCAGUGCCUCCAUGGGCCACAUCAACCACAUUGGGGGCUCCUUGGACAGGGUUUCCCGGAGCCCCAGGGAUACCCUGGCCCCUGAGAAGAUGCCCCUGUCCUGCAAAAGCAUGGCCACCCUGAGCAGGCUGCAGAGCCCUGGCGAGCCCCCACCUCCAUAUGAGUUCUCCUACUCGCUGGAGGACGCGGUGAAGCAGCUGGAGGACCGGCUGCAGGAGACGGGAGGGGAGCUGCGGCAGCUCAAGAGGAGCCUCAGUGAGACUGAAGACCCCUUCACACAGGCAUUUGAGGACAAGCAGCGGCUGUGGCUGGAUGAGCUGGAGGACCUGAAGCAGAUGUACAUGGCCCGGCUGCAGCAGGUGAUGCAGCAGGCGCAGCGCGGGCAGCGGGCACUGCAGCUGCAGCUCUACAAGGCACAGCAGGAGAAGAAGCGGCUGCAGGAGGAGCUGAGCCUGCAGCAGUGCCAGUGCGAGGAGACCAAGCUCCGGCAGUCCCAGGGCGAGCAUGGCAGCCCCAAAAUGGAGGAGACCAAGUGGGAGGUAUGCCAGAAAGCAGCAGAGAUCUCACUGCUGAAGCAGCAACUCCGGGACACUCAGGAGGAGAUGGCUCAGAAGCUGGGGGAGAUCUUCAGCCUGAAGACACAGCUGCGGGAGGCCAAGGCAGAGGUGCAGGCCAGGGACUCCCAGCUGGCACAGCUGGCAGACUCCUUCCAGAGCCCCCCGGAGCCCAGCACCUCGCUGCCUCUGGGCGAUGACCCCAUGCCGUCGUGCCAGGACUUCCCUGGCUGCGAAACUGAUGACUCCAAGUGCCGGGGCCUCCAGAGCGACUCGGCGGAGCCCCUGGAGCGGCAGGUGGAGUGGCUGUGGGCAGAGCUGCUGCGGGAGCGGCGUCAGGGCCAGCUGCAGGCUGUGAACUUUGAGAUGGAGAGGAAAACGUGGCAGGAGGAGAAGGAGAAGGUGCUGCGGUACCAGCGGGAGCUCCAGGCCAGCUACAUGGAGAUGUACCACCGCAGCCAGGCGCUGGAGCGAGAGCUGCGGCAGCUGCGGGCGGAGCCCAGGGAUGUCAGGAUCGAUUCGCCCUGGAUCGAGCGGGUGGAGUCCUCCAAGAUCUGAGGGGCGGGAUGCCAGUGGGACUGAGAAGGGAGAAGGUCUCUUGCUGCUGCAACGGGACGAUCUCAGGGUGUGCUCAAGGACUGGCCCCACUCGGUGCUGCCCUGGGCUGAAGGACCGGUUGCCACAGGGGAGCUUUUCCUUUUUGCAGCACUUCAGGCCCUUCUGGUUGGAAUCGCUGGAGGGCUGGGGGUUAUCUGUGCCAGGGUGGGGUCUUGCAUGUGCCCCGUGCUCUGACUCCAGGAGUUUUUGCCCUGUGAUUCCUUCUGCCACGGGCAGAAACCAAGCACCCUGUGAGACAUUCCCUGUCCCUUCUGCUCUGCUGCUCCUGUUCCUACAA